CUCCUCACCGUCGUCAGUCCACUUCUCACUAGCUCGUAGACAGUGCUGCACGUGGGUUAGCUACUUAGCUCUUUCUCUGCAUUGCUGGCUUAAUUUUGCAGCUGCAGGUGUGCUCGAUCCCCAUGGCUGAUCAGCACAGAGGAGUGAUCGGCGGCGGCGGCUACGGUGACCGUGGUGGCCAGGAGCAGCAGGAGAAGCAGCCCUUCAUGAUGACGGCUCUGAAGACGGUGACCGCGGCGACGGCCGGGGGCUCGAUGCUGGUGCUGUCCGGGCUGAUCCUGGCCGGCACCGUCAUCGCGCUCACGGUGGCCACCCCGGUGCUGGUCAUCUUCAGCCCCGUGCUGGUGCCGGCGGCCAUCGCGCUGGCGCUCAUGGCGGCCGGGUUCGUCACCUCGGGCGGGCUCGGCGUGGCCGCGCUCUCCGUGUUCUCGUGGAUGUACAAGUACCUCACCGGGAAGCACCCGCCGGGCGCCGACCAGCUGGACCACGCCAAGGCGAGGCUCGCGUCCAAGGCCCGCGACAUCAAGGAGGCGGCGCAGCACCGCAUCGACCAGGCGCAGGCGUCUUAGGGCGGCCUGCCGCGGCGAGGCGCCGCUUCUGCUAGCUAGCUCGAUCGGGCGGCGCACGGGACGGCGCCGGCCGGCGCGCGUGCGUUCGCCGUGGCCACGCCCACGCUGGCUACUCCUCUUAUCUGCUGAGCUCUGUAAAUGCAUGCGUACAUGUUUAAUUAAGCUUGGUCGCGUAGUACUCUCCUAUGUAAUAUGUCCCCUAGAUUAUCUAAGAGGCGAUCGUGCAUGUCGGGCGCCUGGUACGUGUGGUCUGGUGGAUGUCGUGUUUAUGGUCAUGAUGAAUAAAAUGCAGUGUUCCUUCGAUAAA